AACCCCAGGAGGAACAUCGAUGAGAAUUAGAUUGCUGAGGCUUUGUGCAGAACAUAGUUUGCAGAAUGAAAUAUUCUUUCGUUGGAUUCUUACUAGCCUUUCCAAGAUAUCGAGGCAAGUUGAACUCGACAACUUCCUUGGUCGCCGGGUUCUCACCUUCCCCUGUUACCAGAAGGAACUACAGAAAUGCCAUUGGGUAUCUGACUGGUUGCCGUUCGUAUGUGGAAAAAACUGCCAGAAGCAGAAGAUCUUCUCUUUCGGCACAAAGUGGUCGCGAUUCAAGAGAUAACUACGGUAGUAACCCUGAUUCUAUAGAAAACAAGGCAGGUACAAACAACAACACAAAGAACUGUAAUUGGCUUGUGGUGGGAGAUGGAGAUCUAUCGUACAGUGCAUCCAUUGCAGAAUAUCUAGCCAACAAAGGCAUUCGACUCUUUGCAACCGUAUUGGAAGAGGAAGAAGUUCACGAUUCGGUCUACAAACGGUCCUCGCAAAACAAAGCAGCCAUACUGUCUUACCACAACCUGCACGAUAGCCUCGUACGCUCGGAUACUACGGGAGGCGAUGAUACGGCAGCAACAAACUUGCAAUCGCAACACAUAGUUUUAUUUGGCGUCGACGCUACCCAUCUGAUAGACUAUUUUCCAAGGACCAAAUUCAGCACCAUCGUAUUCAAUUUUCCUCACUGGAGGGGUAAGACGAAUGCAAAACGCAAUCGAAUACUUCUAGACAGUUUCAUGGGUAGUGCCGCUGAAGUACUCGCCGAAGAGGGCAAGAUAAUCAUUUCACUCUGUGAAGGACAGGGUGGCUUUCCUGCAUCAACCGGUACGUUAAUACAUGGCAUUUCUGAUGGUGCAUCGUGAAUGUGUGCAUGAGUGAUCUUGUGGUUUGGGUGUCAAUGUUACGACACUUAUAGAUUGCAUCUAUUUCUUUGUCCCGCUCGACUGUGCCUCAUGAACACUUCUUCGAUAUUCCUCCCUAAAUUCUUGUUAUCGAUAUAACCAUUGGGCUUCCCAUUAUCUGCCUUUAUCAAGCCGAGGAAUGGAAACGGAGCUGGCUUGUACCUCAAUACGCAGCAGGACAUGGAUUGCUGCUGCACAAGUUGAAGCAGUACGACCCGAUGUAUCAACAGACUUCUCACAGAGGCAAGGAUCGACCCUGGAUCAAGGAUGGCACGGACCAACGAUACAUAUUUGGGUUUCCAAAUGAGGGAUGCAUAGACGAAGAUUUACAGAUAAGCUGUCGUCACGAGCUUAGAGUUGUGUUACCAAAAGAUUUUGUAGAAGGCUCCGCAGUUGGUCGACAAGAGAUCAUAGAAGGCGACGCAGUUUUUCAACUAACCAAAGGAUUUGUCCCAGAUGGAAUUCGAAUGGAAGUAGUGACCCGCGAAAUAUUGUAUCCUUAUUUCUUUGACAAUGAAGAGGUCACUCUUGCUAUUUUUCUUCUAAAUUAUAGUGGGGAAAAGGCCCCACUUACCAGAGAAUCUGCCGAUACCAUUCGAUCUAAAGUAGAAGCCUCUGUGCAACAAGAUUGGAAUCUGAAAGUGGCCAAAAGCGGGCGGCUGGUUUCUCGUCCUUAUCCUACGCACUUGCUACCAGCUCUAAUACGGGAAUCGAGUGAAAGGAACUUAACACUGACCAAUUCAAGUCCUUAGACGUUAUCACAACCAUGUUUGAACUAUACUAGUCUUUUAUUAUGCAACAAAUGUAACUCAAACUUGAAUAUAAUAGAGCUGUUCAC